AGUCGUAGAGAAGUCGUUGAGUGAAGUGGUUUUUAGGAUUCGGUAUUCGUACCAUUUAUAAAGUAAUCGUCUACGAAUAUCAAUUAAAUAAAAAGCAAAAGUAAAAAAAGUAUGUGUAUUUGCAAAAAAAUGUUUUAGUAUUGAGUGGUUACUUAAUAAAUUUAAUAAAAAAAAAAAUUGAUUCACACACAAUUUAAUUGAUAAUUUUAGAAAAUAAAUAAAUUUUAACGGAAAAAUAUUUACAAAAUAAUUCCAUCAACAGGGUCGUCAUCAUUUGGACCACAGCAACAACAACAAAAUAAAAAAAAGCAACUUACACUCUCAUACACAUACAAUUUAAUUUAAAUAAAAAAACAAAAUAAACAUCAAAAAAAUUCUUCAACUUUUUCUUCUGCUUUACUUUUUGUUAAUAUUUUUAAUUAACACAAAAAAAACCAAACGAAAUAUAUAAAAGAAUACCCACAAAACUUAUAUUUUUAGUUAAUCGAUCGAUGGUGCAUUUAAGAAAAAAACUGUAACAAAAAGUGAAAUUACUGUCUCUAAUUGUAUAAAAGAUUAUAAACAAAAUACCUUAAACUAAUAAUACUUUAAUAAAUAUUCCUUAAAUAGAUAACAAUUAAAAGAAACAUAAAAAUUAUUUAGAAAAAUACUUGAAAAAUUUCCACUCUUUAUAUUUAAAACAAGUUAAUAAAUAAAUAAAUAAGUAAUAAAAAGAAAAUAAAAUUUAAAAGUGAAAAUAUAUAUUUUUAAAAAUAAAUAAAACAACUUUAACUCUAUCACAGCAGCUGCUACAUAGUAGGAAUUUGUUCAUCAUUUUCAUCAACUGGGAAUACAAGUUUUAAGAGGAAAUCAGCCAUUACAACACACAUCAAUCGAAAUGUCAAACGAACAAAAGCAACGUAUUCAAGUGCCCGAUGCACUAAGAGAGGUGCUAUUGGAAUUCUCCAUUGCCUAUCUGCUGGAACAGCCAGGUGAUGUUGUUGACUUUGCCGUCGAAUACUUUACAAAACUUCAAGAGAAUCGCCGACAAGUGGGAUUCAUUCGUGAAACGGAUCGUGGUUCCGUCGACGAUAGCGUCAUGUCUCAAGAAGAAGAUGAUGAACCUGCAGCACCACGUUUUUCCACACGUCGUAAGUCUGUCUUUGCCGAGGCCUAUGAUCCAGAAAAUGAUGCUGAUGACGAUGAGGGGGCCACUGCCGUAUUUCCCAAAUCAGAUGAACAGCGCGCCCGAUUAGUAGAAUCGGUUAAGAAUGUUUUAUUAUUCCGUUCCUUGGAAAAAGAACAAAUGAAUCAAGUACUGGAUGCCAUGUUUGAAAGAAGGGUUUUACCCGAUGAGUAUAUAAUACGUCAGGGUGAUGAUGGUGAUAACUUUUAUGUUAUUGAAUCCGGUACAUACAAAGUUAUUGUUAAUGACAAUCAUGUACAUACAUACAACAAUAGUGGUAUAUUUGGUGAACUGGCUUUACUCUACAAUAUGCCCAGAGCUGCAACUAUACAGGCGGAAACAGAAGGUUUAUUGUGGGCUAUGGAUCGUCAGACUUUCCGUCGUAUCCUAUUGAAAUCCGCAUUUAAAAAGAGAAAAAUGUAUGAAUCAUUAUUGGAUAGUGUGCCAAUGCUAAAAGCUUUACAGAAUUAUGAACGUAUGAAUUUGGCUGAUGCUUUGGUUACCAAACGUUAUAACAAAAAUGAAAGAAUUAUUAAACAAGGUGAUGCUGCUGAUGGCAUGUAUUUCAUAGAAGAAGGUACUGUGGCCAUUAAAAUGGAUCAAGAUGGUUCGGAAAUAGAAAUUUCUAAACUUGGCAAGGGAGAAUACUUUGGUGAAUUGGCCCUGGUAACACAUCGGCCACGUGCUGCCUCGGUUUAUGCAGAUUGCGACGUUAAAGUGGCAUUCCUAGAGGUUGAGGCAUUCGAACGUUUAUUGGGACCCUGUAUGGACAUCAUGAAGCGUAACAUAGAUGAUUAUGAAACACAAUUGAUAAAGAUUUUUGGCAGCAAAAAUAAUAUCACCGAUACACGAUAAAAAGUCUGAUGUUUAAAAAAAAAUAUUUUUAAUUAAAACAACAAGAAAAAAAAACAACAUAUUAUUUAAAACACAUAGAUACAAAUAAACCAACAACAUAUACAUGAUUAAAAAGCUACAAAACGUAAACAACUGCACAAAAUGUUUAAGAAUGAAAACGCAGAAAAAUGUUUUUAAAACGAUCACCAAAAAAAAA